UUGUAUUUUUCUGGAAGCUUUGGCGGUUCAUGUCGUUGGUACAUCACAACAACAGGAACUCGUUGCGAAGGCCAUCUCUCCGCUUCUGAAUUUCAACCAUGGAAGAAGAUUUCGAGUUCGGUGACAAAGUCCCGCCGGCCGUCAACCGCAUGGGGAACGUGAUUGGAGAUGCGGAUGGAAGAGGAUUCAAUCCAGGACUGAUUGUGCUGCUCGUAGUCGGCGGGCUGCUCUUGGCUUUUCUUGUUGUGAAUUAUGCUCUCUACAUGUAUGCGCAGAAGACCCUCCCACCAAAAAAGAAGAAACCAGUUUCCAAGAAGAAGAUGAAAAGGGAGAGACUAAAGCAAGGUAUCUCUGCACCUGGCGAGUAGUAGUUAGUGCUAGCCUUUUCUCUUAUGUGCUAUAUUCCUGUGCCUCACUUGGGGGAACUAACAAGUUCUUCCAUUUCAGUGAUUGAAGAGUAGUUUUGUUUAUGUUGUUAAGUUGUUCAGAAUCUGAACAUUAUAACCGGAAGUUCAUAGUCCCUUGUAUCCUUAGAGAUGAGAAAUGAUAGUAAGAGAGUAGUUUAUAUGGUAUAUUUUGAU